AUGAUCAUUUUGACUCUGCUCCUUCUUGUUACCCAGGCUUUAGCCGACGACUAUCGCCCACUGUUCCAUUUCGUCCCAGAAAAGAACUGGAUGAACGAGCCAAACGGCCUUAUCAAGAUCGACUCGGUCUGGCAUCUGUUCUUCCAGCAUAACCCAACCGCCAACGUCUGGGGAAACUUGAACUGGGGCCACGCAACCAGCACGGACCUUCUCCACUGGACCUAUGAACCCAUCGCGAUAACAAGCGAGAACGGCGUCGAGGCAUUCACCGGUACCAGCUACUACGAUUCUAAAAAUACAUCAGGGUUGGGUACCUCUCAGAGCCCGCCCUAUCUGGCCUGGUACACUGGAUACUUCCCGUCGAAUGGCACACAAGACCAGCGCCUUGCCUAUAGCGUGGAUGAGGGCGUCACUUGGACAAAGUUCGCUGGUAAUCCUAUUAUCUCAGCGGCGCAGGAAGCGCCCCAUGAUACAACCAAGGGACUGGAGACACGCGAUCCUAAGGUCUUUUUCCACGAGGCAUCUGGGAAGUGGGUGAUGAUUCUUGCCCAUGGUGGGCAGGAUAAAAUCACUUUCUGGACCUCUACCGAUGCCAAGCACUGGACGUGGGUGAGCGAUCUUGGAUCAGCCCAGGUAUCAGGGUUACCGUCAGCUAUCACCGGCUGGGAGGUGCCGGAUAUGUUCCAGCUACCCAUUGAAGGCACUGAUGAGACCACCUGGGUAUUGAUCCUGACCCCAGCAAAGGGGUCACCAGCUGGUGGGAAUGGCGUCUUCGCCCUGACAGGCUCAUUUGAUGGCAAGACUUUUCAACCGGAUCCUGUGGAUACUGCGAACCUAUGGCUUGACUAUGGGCGCGAUUUCGAUGGCGCGAUGAGCUGGGAGAAUGUGCCUAAAACGGAUGGGCGACGGAUCCUCGCGGCCAUCUCAAACAGCUACGGAGCCAGUCCACCAACCAAUACCUGGAAAGGAAUGCUCUCAUUCCCUCGGACUCUUGGGCUGCAACAGACAGGUUCUGUGCGAUCAUUUGUUCAGUGGCCUGUCAGUGAACUUCUGUCUGCAGGCUCUACUCUAGCAACUAUUCGAAACCGGACAAUUACCCCGGGCCAGGUUCUUCUCUCAUCUGUCGUUGGGACCGCACUGGAUAUCGAGCUUGCAUUCACCGCACAAACAAACACGGUUUUGUCAUUGGCAGUUCGAAAGGCCGGAUCACAGCAAACAGUUAUCCAGUACAAACAGUCCACCGCGACACUGGCAGUUGACCGAACAGCUAGUGGGGAUACAUCCUAUGACGCUGCAGCAGGCGGUGUUCAUAGCGCUUCCCUACAGCCCGAUGCCUCGGGAGUGGUUCGAAUCAGAGCACUGAUUGAUAUCUGCUCCGUGGAAGUCUUUGGAGGGAAAGGGGAGGUCGUUAUUUCUGACCUUAUCUUCCCGGAUGAGGCAGCAGAUGGCCUAGCUCUGCAGGUAGGUGGAGGAUCUGUCGUGCUACAGAGUGUAGUAGUGCGGAAGAUCUCUCUGGAGUAG